CAUUUAGUGUGAGUACAUACCACCGGUGCUGGGUUUCUAGUACGGUGCGGUUCCAUUAGUUAACUUUCGACGUUGAAUCGUUCAGUUCUAUGCGCUACUUACGUUGUGUUGAAGUGUUGCGCGUAAACGGUUUUUAAAUUUUGUGUUUUCGUUUUAAAAUUUUCAAAAUUUUUUUCGUUCCGUAUUUACCAGUUUUUAAAGACAGCGCACAUCCUUACCUAGCUGUCUGAUAGCGCGCGCAAACGCACACACCUGCAAACGUGCACGCAACAAUAUUCCUACCUGUUGUGACCUGCAUGCAGCAAGUAAAAGUAGCGCUUUAUUGAAAUUUCCGCUGCGUCAAGUUGUCUCGCUGGUGUGUCGAUGCGGCGCGCAUUCCUCCGCUCAACGGUUCGCCACUAAUUUCGUUAGUCAGUGAUUUAGUUAGUCGUCGGAUCUGUCAGCGCAGUGCUGUCAGUUGCAGUGUGUCUAAAACGGUAUUUUAAGGCGCGCGCAUUCAAACGUAUUUGCAAAUAAAUAAUUUUUAUUUAUAUUUUUAUAUAUAUUUAUAAAUAUAUUUAACUACCGCAGUGUGCUUAUCGACGCGUAUACCAAGCAAAGUGCUACUGUGCAAUAUAUACACACAUACAUACAAAAAAGUAUAUAUUAUAUUAAAUAAGGCGCUGCCCUACGUGAAGGCAUACACCACGGCGUUAUUUUAAAUUGCUACAACAACAGUGUUAAUAUUGUAUGCGGUGUGCCUGUAUAUAUUGGGUAGAUAAAAUGUUAAAUAAAUCCUUCUAUCAUUUGGGCGUUUUAAUUGCGAAACAUCCUGGCUAUUUCAUUAUAAUACCAGUGCUGUUGACAAUGCUCUGCAUGACUGGCUACCAACAGUUAAAAUAUCAAAUCGAUCCCGAAUAUUUAUUUUCCCCUGUAAAUGGAGAGGGUAAGGCUGAACGCGCUGUCGUCGAAAACUAUUUCAAAGUCAAUUACACGCAUAGAUUCAAUGUUGGACGCAUCACUAGACCGGGUCGUUUCGGACGUGUCAUUGUCAUACCUAAGGAUGGCAACGACAAUAUGUUGCGGCGUGAGACCUUCCAAGAAUUGCGACAUCUGGAUGAUCUCAUACAGAAUGCAACCGUCGAAUAUGAGGGUGAAUUAUUCACUUACAAAGAUGCAUGUGCACGUUGGGAGAAUGAAUGCUUUCAGAAUGAUAUAUUGAAUUUAGAUUUCAUAAUGGACGACAUUGAGUCCGGCGAACUGAAUCUCACUUUUCCAAUUAUGUUUAAUCCGGUCACGUGGGAUGCGCACGCGUUUCCCGUCUUCUUUGGUGGCACAAAAUUGACGGAGGAUAAUAUAAUUAUUAGUGUGCCGGCAAUACAGUUAGUUUAUUUUGUGACUGCGGAUACUAAACGGCAAGAUGCAAAAGGUGCCGAAUGGGAAGAGACUUUCCUGAAAGUUGUAGGUAAAGCUGAAAAUUCAGGUCUCUUCAAACACAUAUCAGUCUCAUAUUUCGCCUCACGCACUUUGGAUCAUGAGUUGGAGAAGAAUACGCGUACUGUGGUGCCAUAUUUUAGCUCAACAUUCGCAUUAAUGGCGUUAUUUAGCGUCAUCACGUGUAUGAUGGGCGACGCCGUACGCUCCAAACCAUGGCUUGGUUUGAUGGGCAACAUAUCGGCUAUCAUGGCCACUUGCGCGGCCUUCGGUCUGGCCAUGUACUGUGGCAUUGAAUUUAUCGGUAUCAAUUUGGCAGCACCCUUCCUAAUGAUAGGUAUCGGCAUUGACGACACAUUCGUAAUGUUGGCCGGCUGGCGGCGCACACCAGCCAAAAUGCCUGUGGCCGAACGUAUGGGCCACAUGAUGUCUGAAGCCGCUGUCUCCAUAACAAUCACGUCGCUCACCGAUCUAUUCUCAUUUUGGAUUGGCAUCAUUAGUCCGUUCCGUUCGGUACAGAUUUUCUGCACCUAUUCGGUAUUCGCUGUUGUCUUCACUUUCGUUUGGCACAUCACUUUCUUCGCCGCCUGCAUGGCGAUAUCGGGUUACAGGGAACGACACAACUUGCACGCGAUUUUCGGUUGUAAAGUGCAGGCAAUGUCCGUGGCCAUAAAAGAAAAACGCAAUUUCUUGUACAAAGCUAUCAUGGCUGGCGGCAUCAAUCGUGAUGAUCCCGACAAUCCGAUUGACAACAAAGAUCACAUGUUUAUGGCAUUCUUCAAAGAUCAUCUGUCAGCUGUGAUUAAUAAUAAAUGGUGUAAAAUACUAAUCAUACUGACAUUUGCAACAUAUCUAGCUGGCGCUUGUUAUGGACUCACGCAGAUUAAAGAGGGUUUGGAGCGUCGUAAACUUUCAAAGGCUGAUUCAUACUCUGUGGAGUUUUUCGAUCGCGAGGACGAGUAUUAUCGCGAGUUUCCAUAUCGCAUGCAGGUAAUCAUCACUGGCGAUCUGAACUAUUCCGAUCCUAUUGUGCAAGAUCAAAUCGAGGAACUGACACGCACACUUGAGAACACAUCGUAUGUCACCUCAUCGCUAUAUACUGAAUCGUGGAUACGUUCGUUCCGUUCGUUUGUCGAUCGCAACAAUGACUAUCUCAAUUUGACCAUCGACGAUGAGCAAUCGUUUAUUGACGCUGUCAAGGAGCAUUGGCUUUUCCCUGGCAAUCCAUUUUCACUCGAUGUCAAAUUCAAUGAAGACGAGACACGCAUUAUCGCCUCACGUUUCCUCAUACAAGCCGUGAAUAUCACCGAUACGAAUCACGAGAAGGAAAUGGUGCGCGAUUUGCGUAAGAUUUGUAAAGAUUCGCCGUUGAAUGCUUCAAUAUUUCAUCCGUACUUCGUGUUCUUCGAUCAAUUUGAGCUUGUGCGUCCGACUUCGAUACAGUCAAUGAUCGUUGGUGCGCUCAUUAUGAUGAUCAUAUCUUUCAUCUUUAUACCCAACAUAUUGUGCUCGCUGUGGGUAGCCUUUUCGAUCAUUUCAAUUGAAUUGGGCGUUGCUGGUUAUAUGGCUUUGUGGGAUGUGAAUCUCGAUUCGAUUUCUAUGAUCAAUUUGAUUAUGUGCAUUGGCUUCUCAGUGGACUUUACCGCACACAUUUGCUACACUUACAUGUCGUCGAAGAAACGCAGCCCAAAGGCGCGCGUACGCGAAGCACUUCACUCACUCGGCUUGCCUAUCGUACAAGGUUCCACCUCGACAAUACUUGGCAUUAUAGCUCUGUUGCUAGCACAGAGCUACAUCUUCCUAGUUUUCUUUAAAAUGGUAUUUCUAGUGAUCUUCUUCGGUGCAAUGCAUGGACUCUUCCUGCUACCCGUGCUGCUGUCACUAUUUGGACCUGGCUCUUGGCAGACUUGGUCUGGCACAGAUUUGGGUGACGAUAGUGAUGAAAUUACCGACGUUGAAAUUCCCAUGAAAAUGUCUAGUAUGGACAAAUUGAAUUCUUACUACUUGCAACAGCAUACACCUUUAGGACUGCCUAUGCCUUAUAGCACCGGUAAAGGUUUUCUGGGUGCGCCCUACAAAGCUUACGGUGAUGAAAAAGAUUUGGGUAUCGGUACAUCUGGCGAAGACUCCUCUGAGUCCAGUUCGAGCCGUUCGCAACGCCGCCAAGCACUCGAAGACGAGCAUACGCGCCGUCGCUAUGAAGAGGGUUGGCGUCGUUCAUCCUACCACAAUCUCUACACCAACUCGCAAUCACAAUUCCAGCCAAACGCCGAUCUCUAUGGCCAACAAGUAACCGCACAAGAGUGGCGUGCGCGUCUCGAAGAAGAACAAGAGCAGCGCAAGCGUAGCGUAAUCGGUUUGCGCGCAUAUGAUAACUUUGCGUCCGACUUUAUGCAUAUGCAAAGACGUCACGCCACACACGGUGAAGAUGUAAUCGAUACACCUGCAGCGCGCAUAGACGCCGGACACUACACGCCCACAUCAUCGCUAGACGAACGUUCGCGACGCAAGUAUCGACCCGCCAUAACCGCCGCCGUAGCCACAAAUGCGCCACAUAGCGCUGGUAGCGGCGAUGACAGUAGUUAUCAUCAGCAAAUAAGCGCUCCAACAGCCACAACGACUACAGGCGUAAAACGUUACCACCGUCGACGCUCUUCGGAGGACUCAACACGCCAUUAUCAACGUUGGCCGCCAUCAAAUAUUGAAGAGCGUUGCGCACGUCGUUAUGCCAACAACAACGCUCGCGACGAUAGCGCGGCUUAUGCGCCCACGCAUGCCAACUCCUCCGCAACAGCCGCCGCCAAUGCAUACCGCCCACACCCGCCAAUGCGCUCCUCAUCGCAUCACAAUUUAUACUAUCCCAACAACGUGCAGCAUCCACCAACAUAUCAAUAUGGCGGCUGUUACUACAAAUGAUCGUGGAGCGGUGGAGAGUGAGCAAGCGCGCAUGUUUAAACGUAAAAGUGAGAGCAUAAGUAGCUGUUAGUAGCGCAUGCGUGAGCGCAAUAAAUGAAGCGAGGACACAAACCUCGAUUGCACUUUAUUGAACUAUGCACUAUGCCAGUUACGAACUGGACAUUUAUUGAAUGAAGAAAAGCUCAUUGUGGUUUUUUUAUAAAUCUAGUGUUGUGUUGGUUUAAUUUUUCUUUUAAUUUUUGUUUUUGUUUUAUUUUUAAUUUUACAUUUAUAUCUUUUUUUAUAUUUUCUUUAUUUUUUAACAUUUGUUUUUGUUUUGAAAUGUAGCUAUUCAAGUUUUAUUUAAAAGAAACAAAGUUAUGUUCUAGUUAAUUUUAUACACAAACAAAUCUAGAAAAUAUUUAAAUGCUAGAUAUAUAAAAUAUCUAUAAAUAGUGUAAAUUAAAAAGAAAACUAAAUACGAUUAGGUGCUUGAAUUUAUAAAUAAUAAAUAUUAAAAAUAAAUAUUUUGCUUAAAAAGAAUAACAAAGUGCAAAAGUAUAUUUUGCUUAAAAUAAAAACAAAGUGCAAGAGAAUUUAUUUAAAAAGUUGCACUAAACUUUUUUGUUUGUAAGCUCAUGAAUUUUAUAGUUAUAAUUCCAAGCAUUCUGUGUAAAUUCUAGCCUAGAAAAUUAUUCUUCUUUCACACGUUCUUUUUUUCUCGCUUCUCAUUUCUUACCUUUCUCUGAUUGUUCUGUAUAUUAGAACAAAAUAACCCUAAAAAUUAUAAUUUUUAAUUAAUUUUUCUUUACGUUUAUUAUCGUUUUUUAAUUUGUAUACCUUUCUGCGCACUACCAUUUUAACUUCGAAAUAAUUUAGUUAAAAUGAACACUUUGUAAAGAAAAAUGAAAUAUUUUUAACAUUUUCUGUCAAUGUAAAAUAUCUGCUGUCACUAAAUCAAACUGACAGUAACUUCCGUUAGUUGAAAACUUCAUUUUUGCUGUUACUGAGAAAUACUCAUUAUCUGCAUAGAAAAUAUUUAAGCAUCGCUCGCAAUUAUUUAUAAACGCGCUUUUAACAUUCAUUUGAUAAAAUUAUUCGCACUACGUUAUAGUUUAAAAUAUUUUAAUUGUAUAAUAAUUUGUGAGUUAUUUUUAUUAUAAUUUUUUAUUAGUAUUAAUUUAGUAUAUACAAAUAUUGUUCAUAUCUAGCAUAAGACGGAUUUUUGAAUAAAUAUUAUUUUUAUUUCAACAAUUUCGAAAAA